GACGUCAUCAGUCUCACAGCUGUAGAAGAAGAGCGGGUCGUGGUAGAGGAGCGUACAGAAGUUAGACAGGUGAUGAUAACCAGAUGGAGGAUCUUUGCUCCUGACGGAACCCAUCCACUGUAUAAGUCACAGCAGACACCUGUGUCACCAUCCACCUGUCAAUCAAAGUGGCCACGCCCCUAGUCAUGCAGCCUUUAAGGCUGGAUACAUUUUAAACAGGUUACAAGUAACAAAACUAAACAUUUGUGCAACUAACAGUCUGGAUUGGUCUGGUGUCGGUCCCAGAUGCGGGGCGGCCAGCCGCUGGUGGAGGUGGUCCGCCUGGGCCUGGUCUCCUAUCAGGAGGCUCUGCGACUGCAGCAGGUCUACGUGAACCGGCACCGGUCCGGCCCUGCUCACGCUCUGCUGCUGUGUGAGCACCCGCCGGUCUACACCACCGGGAUCCGCCACAAACCCUACCCCGAGCCCCUGCUGGACCAACUGCGCCUGCUGGGGGCCGAUGUGGCCCGGGCGAACCGGGGAGGACUCAUCACCUUCCACGGGCCGGGACAACUGGUCUGCUACCCAGUCUUGAACCUGUGCAGCUUCAAGAAGAGCGUGCGGUGGUACGUCGAUCAGCUGGAGCAGACCGUCAUCGCACUCUGCAGCAGGUUCGCCAUCCGAGCUACGACGUCCCCUCACACGGGAGUUUGGGUCGGAGACAAUAAGAUCUGCGCCAUCGGAAUACACUGUGGCCGCUACAUCACGUCUCACGGUCUGGCGCUGAACUGCUGCACCGACCUGUCGUGGUUCGACCACAUCGUUCCGUGUGGGAUCGAAGGGAAAGGCGUGACGUCGCUGAGCGCCGAGCUGCGGAGACACGCUAGCGUGGAGGAGGUCGUCCCUCACCUGCUGCACGCCUUCACGCAGCAGUUCAACUGUCAGUUGACUGAGGCAGCGCAGGACGGCGGCGAGUCACUGACGCCUGUGACAUCAGCAGGAACCUCAGCACUCACUAACCUGAAGGAUAACUGAGCACACACUUUCUGAUAUGCACGUGCUGAGCAGUUUUGGUAUCAUCAUCAGUGCCUGACCUGUAACUGACGGAGAGCGUGAGGGCGGAGCUUCUCAGAGCUCUUUUCUGGUCUUGGUGUUGAUAUUUCAAUAUUAGGCUCACAGGGUGACAGGCGAACACCCUGAACACUCACUGC